AUGUUCAAUUUUAAAUAACAUGAAGUCGGUUUAAUUCUUUUUGGUUUAGAUUAAAGUUUAUAAUAAGGAAAUACCAUGUAUAUAAGAUAAAUGGGAAAACCCGAUAUGGAUUUUUUAAAAAACGUAAUGGAACUAGAAAGUUAUUCAGAAAAUAAAUCUGAAGGUGGAGAUAUAUUUGAUGCCUUGGAACAAUCAUUAAUUACAAUCGACGAAUAUGUAAAGAAGAAAAAAUAUGAGAAAAAAAUAUAUGUUUUUACUGCUGGAUGUGGAAAAACAGAUUACAAUAGUUAAUAAUUAGAAGACUUAGUUAGUAAAAUUUAAUAAGUAAAUGCAAAAAUUAAUAUUAUAGCAUUUGAUUUUUUGAAAAAAUAUAACCCAGAAAAUGAGGAUUUAGACUUAGAAUUGACAAAACUAAAUGAAGAUGACGAUACAUAAACUAAAGUACAAAAUUUAAACCAAAAAUUGCUUUUAGCAAUUAAAAGAGAAAUACCUUCUCAAGUAUAGUUUUACCCAUCUUCUAUUGCCCUUUUAAUUUAGAAAUAAUUCCGUUCGAAAGGUUAUGCUCCUAGAGUUAAAUAUAGAGGCACCUUCGAAAUUUCAAACUUUUUAAAAUUCGAUAUUUAGAUGUAUACGAAAACUUCAGAAGAUAAACUUCCUGGUUUGAAGUAAUAUUCAUAGACUGUAGAAUUUGAUAAAAAUGAAAAAUCAGGCCUGAUAGAAAAAGAAGUUCUUAGGUAUGUAUAAGAAGACCCUAAUAUGUAGCCUGUAGAUAAGGAAAAUGUAGGAAAGGCUUAUCAUUAUGGGAAAUAAUUAGUACCUUUGUCGAAUAUUAUGGAAUAGGAAAUAAUUACCAACAGGGGAAAGCGUGAGGGAUUUUCAGUUUAAUUCUUUGAAAGAAAGUACUGUUGAACAAUAAGAGGUGGUUUCUGAGUUGAUUGAGAAGAUGGAUUUGUGUAAAAAUGAUUAAGAAGAGAUCUUAGAUAUAAGAAAUAUAUAUAAUCCAACUAAAUAGUAUUUCUAUUAGUGUGUUUUUCAUAGAGUUUUUGAUCCAGAAGGGGAGUUGCCGGUUAUGGAUGAGAAUAUAAAGGAAUAUAUGAGUCCAGAAGUGGAAUUAGAGGAGGAUAUUUUAAAGAAAAUUAAGGAUAGUUUUAAACUAGAGAUCUUGAAAAAAAAGAAAGAAGGGGAAUAAUUUCAGGAAGAUGAAAAUGGGAAGAAAGUUUUCUGGAAAGACCUUUUAGAAGGAGAAAAAAACUAAAAAAUAGAAGAUAUUUAAGAAAAUAUUUAAGAAAAUGAAGAAAUUUUGGUUUAGAAAAAGUUCACAUUUGAUGAUGGAAAUGAUUAUGUGAAAAAAAUAU